UAAUAUAUGUAAAAAAAAAAUCUAAAAAAAACUAGGAUAGGAUUUACGUUAUCUAUGCUCCUGUACUUUCGAUUCCUUAUUCCAUAACUUAUCCAGCACUUAACCCUUGUGUGCCCCAUUGGCGAUUAGAUCGGCAAUUUGGCAUGGCUCGAUAACUGUCGCAAGGCCAGUUAAGAAGAUAGUUGGUUGUUUGGCUUGGGGGGGGAAUCUACCAGCUAACUGGAGGCCAGAACGUUCGAGGGGUUGGGGUUACGGGAGCUCGAAGCGAAGAAGAGGAGGAAGAGGAGCUUGACUGGGAGGAGGAGGAGCAGCGUUACGGGCCAAAAGCCAAGUGGCCGAAACUGUGAUGGCGCAGGGGCCCGAAGACGGGGCUUUCACCGACCGGCUGAGUUGGGCCCGCAACUUGGGGCUCGUUUCAUUUGCCAACCAGCCGCGCAGCCAAACAGUCAUAGUAAUAUCGUCGUCGUGGAUAAUCGUCAGUUUGGCGAGCAUUAGACAUGGUAACUGGGCUGCCCGUUGUGCUCUUGAUCGUGAUCGUGGUCGUGGAUGUCGUCCAUCCAACGGGGGCCAUCGACUUUGGCUAUCAUCCGAGUGCCGAAGAGUUCGACAGCCUGGUGCGCCAAAGCUGGGGUCGCGAUCUCCUCCAGCGUCGCGUCCAGGAUCGCCGUUUUGUGCCGCGCUACCAGCAUCAGACCUCCAUUCGUUUCGAGCCGCCGGAACUGGAUUUUCAGCUUUUCGAUGAGGAUCAGGAUCAGGCGCCCUCGCAGCCGUAUGUCUUUGAGUCUGUGGAGGAAAGCCAACCGGGAUCCACAAUUUCUGAUCAAUUCCAUGUGCAGAGCGAACUGCUAGAUAUCAAGGAACCCAAUCCAUCGCGCAAACCCCAAACAAAGCCACAAUCAGCCGGUAAUGGCACCACAUUUCCCAUAUACUUCACCCAUCCAACCACCGGGAUUGUCUACGCCAUUAGCCAAGUGGGAGUGGGUCAUAAUCCCAAUGGAAUACCUACCCAAAGUAGGAAUGAUAGCAAUUCAAUAGCGAUCUAUGUAACGAAGGCGCAGUAUGAUGCCGAUAUGGAGAGUCUGCGGAGGCAAUAUGAGCAGCAAUGCCAGCCGAUUCCACCGGGAACGGUUAUAUCCACGCUGAAUCCAGUGCAUCAUGAUGGCACCACCGCCAGGCCACAGAUCAUCCGACUGAAGAAGCCCAAGAAUCCAAUUACCAAGCCCAGUAAUAAAUUACCCAAACCAAAUUAUCGACCACCACCUGUGAUGGUAACCAGCGGACCCAUCGAUCAUGUUUCCGAUCAGCUGCUCAAGCUGCCCCACCGGACGGGGAGCACCACCAGAAGCACAACCACCACCACCACCAGCACAACUUCAAGGCCAAACACACGCAGGAAGAAGCGUAAGAAGAUACCAAAGAAUAAGACUAAAGUGAUCAAAAAGAGGCCGGGCUAUGGGGCAAAUAACACCAGAGGUCCGCAAGGCUCCUUGCCCAUCAUCCUGGGCAAAAGACCGAGCACCACCACCACCACCUCGCGACCACCGCCGGCUUAUACGCAACUGGAGAAACCACAUAUGCCCCAGGCCACACUGCCCACUUCCAAUGUCUUUAGUCAGCAUUUGUUGAGGAGCGACUUAGAGCCGGCGGAAGAAAGUGAAACACUAGAAGAACAGGAACCACUGCAAUCGAAUGAGGCACUGAAUCAUAGAAUACGGCGCUCGGUGAAAGAUAUUUCAAGAGAUGAAAGAAGGGGACCACUUAACGCAAAAAGAAAUUUAUCUUUAAAUUCACUUAAAAAGAAAGUACUUAAAAGUGCGGUUAAGAGAGCUAAGCUCCUGAAGAAUCAGGGAGAAUUGGAUUCUUCUAAAGCACUUCACCGUAGAAGUCGUCGCUCUUUGCAUAGCAUUAAAAAUGGUGGAAUAGAGAAAUCUGUAAAAUCAGAAAGUGCGACCAAAGUUCCUCCAGAGGAAGCUGAAAAAGAGAUCACAGCAGAAUCUACAAAACGAUCACAAAAAGUCGUAUCUAAGGAGUCCAAAACCAUAUUAUCCAAAGCAUCCCCAAAUGGAGUAGCAGCUCGGCGGGUGAGUACUCCCAAAAGGCGCUCACCGAAGGGAAGUUCCAGAAGGCGAAAGACCAAGCAGCAAACACCACCAUCCACGCAGAAGAAAGAGAAGAGUUCGGGUGGCGUACUUCACAUACCCACUGCCCUGCAUCUGCUCCACAAAAAUCACAGUCAGGAUGAAGUAUCCAAAGUUCCAAUAAAUGCCAAUCAAAAAAAAAGAAGAAAAGUUAAAGAACGCAAACGCGGAAGACCCCAGUUGCCCAGUUUUGAUAUAUUCGAGCUCAUGUCCGAUGGCGACUACGAGGAUGAGGGGGAGGAGGAGGAGGAGGAGCAGGACGACGAUGAAGACUACUAUUUCGAGGACGAGCACAAGGAUGUGGAUAAAAAUACACCCAAUGAAAGCAGCAGCACAGAGAUGGCACAGAGUGAUCUCAAAGAAGAUAGCAGCUCCGCGGAGGAGGGCGCUGAUUUUGGAGCUAUGGUGGAGGAGGAAACAACGACCACAGCGACUAUAUCGAGCAGCGAGGAGGAGGAUGCCACGUCAAGCACCAAGAACUCCAUGGCCAAAAAGAAGAUUCGCAUCAAGAGGCGACCGGUGGACUCCGAUGAGGAUUACGACGAUGAUGAGGACUCCGGAAUUGCUGGCUUCUUUCGCAUGAUCUUCUACCCCGUCCAAGUGGCCAUGUCGCGGCUCAUGGAUGGCUUUGGCACUCCCGAUGAGGAGGAGGACAAAGAGCCAGCCACUCCAUCCGUUUCAAAGUACCCCAGCUAUACCCUCUAUCACAGCGCCCACAGCAAUGAAGCCUAUGCCGAGACGGAUGAUGAGGACUCGGAGGAUGAAGAAGACUCCUCCUCGCUGGGCAGCUGGUUUGGCUCCUGGUUUGGCCUGCAGCGACGCACUAAGAAGAUCGGCAGCACUACCACUACCAUGCCAGUGCCAUUGCCCCCGCCCACCAAGGCGCCGCCCAGUUGGCUGGAGUCCUGGUUCGGAUUCGGCUCGACCACGGAGGCGGAUGCGGAAGAUGACUACGACAAAUGGUUUUCCAGCUGGUUCGAUUCGCGGCCAAGACGUAAGGUUAGACGUCGUUCCACUACCUCCACAUCGACCACCUCGACGACUACAACGACGCACACACCAUCGGCGGCGGCCCAGGUGCCCAUCCUGACCAUUGUGGAUCCGCUGAGGAAUCCACAGAACUGGAUUGGCAUACUGGCCCAUCAUAUUGUCAAUUCCACUGGUAGUGCCAUCUCCACGAGCACCAGUAAUCCGCUCCUCCAGGCACUGGCCACUCGAAUGACCACCAGGGGAACCACUAGCACCACAACCACCACGUCGCGGCCGGAGGUACCCAGGCGCAUAAGCUAUGAUAAGUACCAAAUUUGGCGCCUAAAGCCGCAGGAUGAGGAGCAGGUCCGUGCACUGGAGGAGUUCAAAAAGGGCGAGGACGGCGUUAAGUUGCACUGGCUCAAGGGUCCAAGUCUCAGAGGUCUUACGGAUGUUCUAGUGCCACCCAAGAUGCUCGUGGACUUCCAGGGCACUCUAAACUACGAGGGCAUAGCGCACGAAGUGCUCAUUUUCGAUGUGGGCAAGGCCAUCGCUUACGAACUGACCAAAGAGGAUUACCUACAAACCACUCGUCCCUCGAAGCCGCGACCCACGGCACCACCGCCCAUGACAUGGAAUCGUUACCACAAUCACGAUGAGAUCGUCAAGUAUCUGGAGACGGUGCGAAUGCGUCAUCCGCAGCUCGUUGAGCUCAUCCACAUUGGUCGUUCCUUCGAGGGUCGACCCUUAAUUGUGGUAAAGAUCGAAUCCAAACAGACGGCGGCGGCGGCGAACAACGAAGGUCUACACACCAUCAAGCGACCCAAGCGGAAGCGGAAGUCGGGCCAGGCUAAUGCCGUUUUCGUCGAAGCUGGAGCUCAGGGAUUGGCCUGGAUUGGACCCGCGACGGCCACCUGGAUGAUUGCCGAACUGCUGCGACUAAUGAAAACAAACAAAAGCAACGAGGACGUGGAGUUCAUCCGGAACACCACGUGGUACAUAAUGCCGGUCCUGAAUCCGGACGGCUAUGCGUACAGCCACGAGUACGAUCGUUUCUGGAAGAAGUCGCGAUCGCAGCACCAGACUCCACCUCCCAGUGGUCUCCUCGACUCGGCGAUGACGUGGCUCCAGCAGAAACGGGGUCCGGAUAAGAUCUGCUACGGGGUGGAUCUGGACAGAAACUGGCUGUAUCAUUGGGGCAAACGGGGCAGCUCCAAGGCGCCCUGCAACGAGUUCUACGCCGGUCCAGCGCCAUUUUCCGAACCGGAAACCAAGGCGGUCUCUGAGUUCCUCAUGGAUUAUAGGACGCAGAUAAAGCUGUACAUUUCCCUACAGGCCUAUGGUCAGGUGAUAUCCUAUCCGGUCAAGGCCAAUUCCACUUUCAAUUCAGAGAGAUUGGAUGAUUUUCUGGACGUGGCGAUGGUGGGCACCGAUGGAUUGCGCAAAAAGGGUAGUAAGUCCCGAUACAAGGUCGACGCAUCCAACGAUCUAAUUGAACAGCGAUCGGGCUGUGCGGACGCCUUUGCCGCCUACGAGAUUGGAAUUCCCUUUAGCUACACGCUCCAGCUGGCGGACAACGGAGUGCACGGCUAUCUGCUGCCCAGCAGUGCCAUCGAGCCCACGGCUCGGGAUGCCUUUGAGAUCAUAAGCGGCAUGCUGGACUACAUAUGAGGCUGGGAUGCGCAGAUCGGAUUCCAAUCGAAGUCGAAGGCAGCAGGGAUUUGGGGUGUGGCUACAUGUGAAUGAGUUUUAGUUCCUUUUAAACGGGCUUUGGUGGCUUGCGUUCCGGAGAUCACUUGCCGUAUUUCCGGAAUACAUUCUCCAAUACUUUUAGCUGCAUUUAUGUACGUAUCUUAUGCAUUCGAAAUUUUUUUUUAUUUCAUACAAAUUCCCUUAAGUUGAGAUUUCCGUUUAGCAUAAUAAAUAUUAUUGUUAUAUGUAUGUAUAUUAUAAUUAA